AUGCAGAACAUUGUCGUUGACAACUGCAACACUGGUCUGACCAUUGUUGGUGGCGCAGGAGGGCCUAUGAGUACUGGCCAAGGCAUCGGCUCCCUUCACCUAACCGACCUACGCUUCCACUACGUCAAGGUCGCAGUGUCAACCUCUGUCAUGUCCGACAACUCCACCGCUUUGCUACUCAGUAAUUCGGGCUUCUACAACGUUGACACCAUCGUCCAAGACACUUUCAAGAGCCAGGUUCUUCUUCGGGGCGGUAAGGGAACAGUCAACGUCGAUACUUGGGGUUUCGGUAGGGUCACCAGCGCCAACGGAACGACGGCCUUCCACAAUGGCGCCAAUCUCGACAGCCCAGUGAGAAACGAUUCCCUGGUCACUGGCGGACGAAGGCAGUUCUUCACUCGUCGCCGUCCAAAGUAUGAUGACCUGGGCUUCAGUCAGAUCCUUGAUGCGAAGGCGUACGGUGCCAAGGGUGACGGCAAGACAGAUGACACGGCUGUUCUGAAACACCUCUUUUCGGCUGCCGCCAACAUGUCUGCGAUUGUAUAUGUUCCAUUUGGUGUAUAUAUCAUCACAGACACUGUUGAAAUUCCUGUUGGUUCGCGAGUUAUCGGGCAGGCUUGGCCUCAGAUCAUGGCUACUGGGACCAAGUUUGCAGACCCCCUUAAGCCUCGCGUUGCAGUUCGUGUUGGUCUUCCAGGCCAAGUUGGUGUUGUUGAGAUCCAAAACAUGAUGAUGACUGUUAAGGGAGCUACGGCCGGUGCCAUCAUGAUGGAGUGGAAUGUACACGAGUCUGGCCAAGGCUCGGCUGGUCUAUGGGAUACCCACUUCAGAGUUGGAGGCGCCGCGGGUACAGAUCUCACCGUCAAGGACUGUCCCAAGCUAUCUGGCAAGGUCAAUCCGAACUGCGUCGCCGCGUCCCUUAUGCUUCACCUGACCACCGACUCUUCCGGUUACUUCGAGAACGUCUGGAUGUGGACUGCAGAUCACGACUUCGACACUGCUGACCAGACCCAAGUUGACAUCUACGUUGGUCGAGGCAUGCUCAUCGAGAGUAAGGGCCCGACAUGGCUCUGGGGUACAUCAGUUGAACACUGCGUGCUGUACCAAUACCAACUAUCUGGUGCUCAAAACGUCGUCAUGGGUCUUAUCCAGACCGAAACUCCCUACUUCCAGUCUUUUCCAGAAGCCCCAGCACCUUUUAAGCCAGGUGCUUUCCUCAAUGAUCCUGAGUUCCACAACUGCACCAAGACCUCCAAGUCUUGCGCUAUGGCCUGGGCUUUACGUAUCAUCGACUCGUCGGCAGUGCACGUUCUGAGUGCCGGUCUUUACUCCUUCUUUAACCGUUACGAUCAGACGUGUCUCAACUCUGGGAGGCACGACUGCCAGGACAAGAUCUUCUACACAGAGCAGAGCUAUGAUGUCUGGGUUCAGAAUCUCGUCACGCUCGGCAGUAUCCAGAUGGUCAGCCCUCUCAACGGGGUUCCCACGCUGGGCAAGCCAAACAGAAACGGGUUUGCUUCUUCGAUCCUGGCUUGGCUUGGGGGUUCGAAGAACAUCACUGGACAGCGCAACUUCGCGGGCUAUAGGAUUCACACCGAGAACGCGCUUGACAUUGACAGAUUCCCUGAGGCCUGUCAGAAUGCGCUUACUGCUCUUGUCCGAUGCGACAACCAUACAGAAGAAUGGACAUUACCUUCAUAUCAUGGAAUUCUCCCAAGGGAUGUUGAUAUCGAGUCUGUUUGCGACGAGGGCUGUGCACGCUCCAUCUCGGACUGGCGAUCAGCUGUUGACACCUACUGCGGUAAUGCAACAUGGCAUAAUGGUGCUGCUGCAGGUGUCUUGGGAUCUUUCGUCUCACAGGGUAUCAACGAGACUUGUCAAACAGACAAGAAGACUGGAAAGUACUGCAACGAUAUCAUCUACAACUUCACUCUCUCUGAGUCCAUCGACAAGAUGCCAACCAACGAACUAUGUUCGGACUGCUACGUUGGCCGGCUCAAGAUGAUGCAAGCCAGUCCCUUCUCCUACUACAACAGGGACCUUUUCUAUGAGGAUGCUCUCAAGAAAGCAGUCAAGCGAUGCUCCCUGUCCAACGUACCCACUACCCCCAAAGAUUCUCCUUUUCCAUUCGAACCUUCUGAGCCAAGAUUUUGUCUUUCUGGCGUCACGUACACGACCAAAGCUGGAGACACCUGUGACUCUCUAGCACUCAAGUAUAGCGUCUCUUCUGCGGCAAUCUUCAUCGGUAACCCAGAUAUCCUCGAUUGCGCUGACAUGGUGGAGGGUGUGUCGAUUUGCAUGCCGCUCCAGUGUAAAACAUACAAGCUGCAGGAGAAGGACACGUGUAUGUCGGUCGCUUAUUUUGCAGGCAUUCAGCAAGAUGAUAUCCGCCUCCUGAACCCCUGGAUCCAUGAGCUUUGCGGGAAUCUCCAGUCCGCCACAAUUGUUCUCGGCAGAGUCAUCUGCACUACACCGCCCGGCGGAGAGUAUGAUCGUGAAGUCAACACCACUAAUUCAGACCCUGCAUACUCUGAGUACGCUGACAAGGCUAUCCCUCCUCCCAGCGGUGCUACUCUCGCUACCAAUACGACCAAAGCCUGUGGGCGAUGGUAUAAAGUCGAAAAGGGCGAUGACUGCGCUCGAGUGCUUGUCCAGUAUCACAUCAGUCUUCCUCUCUUCAUACAGUCCAAUCCUUCUGUUUCGGAAGGCAGCUGUACCACGGAUCUAGUUCCAGGGCGAACCUACUGUGUCGGCCCAACCAAGGAAGUCUUGACACAAACGCUCAAGCCCAUUCCUCCGUAUACACGCUUUGGUUGCUUUGCCCGCGAGGCGGACACGACGAAUCGCUCUGUCCUGACUCUAGCCGACGCGCAGCACGUCAAGCCCAUGUCCAUCGUAGCUUGUCAGUCCUUCUGUUUGCAACGGGGCUGGGACGUCUGGGGAAUCCAGAACGGCGACUCGUGCUUCUGCGACAAUCAGCUUCGUAUGGAUAGUCAGAUCAUUGACGAUUCCAAAUGCAACAUGCACUGUAACGGUAACACCACAAACGUCUGCGGAGGAAAGGAUGCUAUCGAAGUGUUUGGCGAUCAAGAUAUGCUACGUAUUCAGUACGAGAGUCUUGGUUGCUACUCGUGGAGCAAGCAAGCCAUACGUGGUACCACAGGUGGCGACACUAUAGAGUCUCCCGAUGAGAUGUCUGUCGAUGCGUGCGCAAGUCUGUGCACUGUGACUAAGAAAUCUGACUUCUUUGCUGUCUGGGAAGGCAAGCUCUGCACUUGCGGUAGGGAAAUGACACCGGGAGCUAAGACGACUAGUAUGGAGGAAUGCAAUGUAGCAUGUAGUGGUCAGCUUGGAGACAACUGUGGUGGAAAGGGAGUGGCUGAGAUCUUUACAACCAAGAACAAGAAUGUCAUAGCUAGCUAA